AUACAGCAAAGAUAACGAAAAUGUUAUCAUUGUUGCUUACCUUUUAUGAGAAUUUUCCUCCCAUGAUGAAAAGGUGCGCAGAUAUAUCCUCCUUUUGAAACAAGAAAACAUUCAGCUACCAGUCCUGCUUGCAUCUUCUCCCUCUGCCGUCAGGUGGCGUACAGCUGCGGGCGGGAGGGUGCUAGUGUUCACGAGCACUAGUCCGCGCCUGCCUUGCGAUAAACCUUGUGCUGUAACGUGUGUAGUCAAGACUCACAUUCACAUACGAUGACAGAGUACAGUGCAGUGCGAGGGAAGCGAGGGACGUGCCUUAUCAAGUGUGUACGUAGAGAGGAAACUGGCGCCUGCCCGGAGCUCAAUGAGCACCAACUGAGUGAGGGAGAGAACAACACACAGCAGUUCAGACAGGUGCACGCAGCCGCCGUGCUGGCGUCCUUGGCGGGGCUUCCGGCGGGCCGCCCCGCACCACGCACGGAGAGAGCAGCAGCAAUAGCAGCAGCAGCAGCAGCAGCAGCAGCAGCAGCAUCGGAGAGUCUUGUGCCUGCUGACCGUGUCCCGCGUCCCUUCAUCCCGCGCGUCACGGCGCAACAAAGCUCACGUGACAUGAACCACGCAGCAUGA